CGCGUAACCGGGGAGAAACAAAAACAUUAUCAUUUCAAAAUUUCGUUUUGAUAUUCGGCACAACCCAAGAAAACGACUGCAGCAUGUCGGACGAGGAGGUGGUGGCACUGGUGAUUGACAAUGGUUCGGGCAUGUGCAAGGCUGGUUUCGCUGGCGACGAUGCCCCACGUGCCGUGUUCCCAUCGAUAGUUGGUCGUCCGCGCCAUCAGGGCGUAAUGGUGGGCAUGGGACAGAAGGACUCUUAUGUUGGCGAUGAGGCACAGAGCAAGCGUGGCAUACUCACACUCAAGUAUCCCAUUGAGCAUGGCAUCGUGACCAAUUGGGAUGACAUGGAGAAGAUUUGGCAUCACACGUUCUACAAUGAGCUGCGUGUGGCACCCGAGGAGCAUCCCGUGCUGCUCACAGAAGCUCCCUUGAACCCGAAAGCUAAUCGCGAGAAGAUGACCCAAAUUAUGUUUGAAACAUUCAACACUCCAGCCAUGUAUGUGGCCAUACAGGCAGUGCUGUCGCUGUAUGCCUCCGGACGCACCACUGGCAUCGUGCUGGACUCUGGGGAUGGUGUGUCCCAUACCGUGCCCAUCUACGAGGGCUAUGCCCUACCCCAUGCCAUCCUGCGUUUGGAUCUGGCUGGACGUGAUCUCACCGAAUACCUCAUGAAGAUCCUGACCGAACGGGGCUACUCGUUCACGACCACCGCAGAGCGUGAAAUAGUGCGCGACAUUAAGGAGAAACUUUGCUACAUUGCGCUGGACUUUGAGCAGGAGCUGGCCACGGCUGCCUCCAGUUCAUCGCUGGAGAAAUCUUACGAACUGCCCGAUGGACAGGUGAUUACCAUUGGCAACGAGCGUUUCCGCUGUGCCGAGACGCUCUAUCAGCCCUCGUUCCUGGGCAUGGAGGCGUGCGGUGUACACGAGACGACCUACAACUCAAUCAUGAAGUGCGAUGUGGACAUACGCAAGGAUCUGUAUGGGAAUAUUGUGCUGUCUGGUGGCACCACCAUGUAUCCUGGCAUAGCUGAUCGCAUGCAAAAGGAGAUUACUGCACUGGCUCCAUCGACAAUGAAAAUUAAGAUCAUUUCACCGCCCGAGCGCAAAUAUUCCGUGUGGAUUGGUGGCUCCAUAUUGGCAUCGCUCUCCACCUUUCAGCAGAUGUGGAUCUCAAAGCUGGAGUACGAUGAAUCUGGGCCAUCCAUAGUGCAUCGCAAGUGCUUCUAAAAAUA